GAAGGAUGAUCGCAUUCAAUAACAUUUACUUAGAAAAAGCCUAGACCUGCUGUUACUUACGAACACAUCAGAAUUCUUGGAACCCGCACCAGACCUUCGAAACAUGCUCCGAGUCGUCGAUGUCCACAACAGGGAGUACUUCGAUGCACGUUUAGAUGGUCACUGAUUCAGGUUGCAGAUAAUCGAUAAGGUCUCCCUCACUGUACCGCAGUUCAUUGAUCAACUCUCCACCAAAAUCAUUUCCCACUGCCUUGCAAAAAUAUGACUGACACGGAUGACUCUUCUGCAGCUCCAAAGGCCAUGAUACAUGUGAUCGAUCCAGAGCGGGACAAGACUUUUCAAGCUUUGGCAGCUACCAGUGGAUACCUCAAAGAGCAGAGUCGGAACAAAAUUCUCAUACAAUGCACGCAGUGUGAAACGAAAAUGGAGAAACCUCGGAAAUGCUCCAAGUGUAGGAGCGUUUUGUAUUGCUCACAAGAGUGCCAAAAGAAAAACUGGCCGAUCCACAAACGGAUAUGCCACCAAGUCGAGCAAUCCUCGGGGGUACUCAAACUCGUCCGAAUGUUCAGCGUAAAUCCAUUGAUCAUGAUGUACCUUAAAACCGCUAUCGUUCUCGACUGUAACCUGCUCCGAGUCGGCAAUCCCCGGAUCGGAUUCGACGUGCCUUUCGUGGCACAGGUCGACAUUGGCCUUGAGCCGAGUGACAUUUUUGACUUCGUUGGAUUGUAUUUCGAUGACAAGGCUAUUCGGGAUAAACUUCAGGGGAUGGUGCAAGUCAACUCCAUAACUCCGUGGUACCCGGGUAUGAAGGGUGCGCAGCCCCUCACACCACAGCGACUAAAGCAAUGGCGUGAGGCUCGCGCAAAGCAUGAUGCAGAGGGUUACGCCAAAGAUCCUGUUGGACUCUUGGAUUUCUCCUCUGCGGUGCUCUCGAGGAACACAACAAGCCUUACCUACGCCAUAAGCCUUGGGUGUCACAUUUCUCCUGUUAUCCUCGAGAUGGCGAUGGAACGUGAGCCUUUUGUACGUGUCUGUCCUCUCGCGGGCACUCGGUUCAAGCAACCCAUGAGCCCUAUGACGUGUCUAGAGUAUAUCAACAUCCAUAUUCGGGCGGAUACACAAAACCAGUUGCGUUUACGGUCUGAGAUGACAGAGCAAGACAAAGAAGUUAUUCGUGCUGCAGGUCGUGGCGAGGACCAACUUCCUGCUCGCGUUCUCAAAGAGAAAAUGGAAAGAGAAAUCAUGUAUCUUAAUAUCGUUGGACAGGGCCAAGGGGCACGCAGCUCAGAGACACAGCGAGGGAAGCAAAGGAGACCCCGACGCAGUCCCUGCUCUUUCUGCGGGACAUGGGGCUGCAAGGGCCUUGCAGCCCCCAUUGCUCAGCCCAAUGUUCGCUUGUGCAUAAUCGAUCACGAAAAGGAGUGAGUCUAGUGGCGUAAUGGACAGUCACAUGAGAAGGAAGGAACCUACUUUUAUGAGAGCCUUCUCCUCUGAUCACCCUUCAAGUUAACCAUAUACUAUACUGUAUCAUAUCUGAGGGCCUUACUCCGGCUGGAUCUGCCAUCGUGUUGAAGAUGCUUGUACCAGGUGCUCAAAGUUUUACGUAUAGGGCGUUUCUUGGACGGGCUGCUAGAUACAGUAAUUGUAGAUAAAUCAGGUUGUGACGCACAGGCGAUGCGAAUUCGAUGUCCAUCGUCUAUGUCCACAGUCUGAUAUAUCAGAAGAAUGGGUCUGAUGAGCAAAAGCUGCCAUAAUUUAUGGGGGCAUGAUUUGGUGGAGCUCGAGGCACGU